UUUGUCGUAGUAGGGCCCAUUGGGCUUGGGAUUGGACACAUCAUAUUCAUACCCAUGAAGAAUAUAAUGUUACAUAAACCCAUGUGAUUAUGAUGUGAGCUUAUGUUUUUUUUUUUUUUUUUAAUAGGUAAGAAGAAGGGACCCUAACUAAACCAGCACCUAGCACAGGUUAACCAGCCCAGCUCCGCAGGUCAUCGCUUGAGCCACUCCCAAGCAUUUUGCAGUUGAUGGGGCUCGAACUUGUGACCUCCAAGUCACAAGGUGAAUUCCCCACCAACUCCACCAACCUAUGUUGGAAAAUUAGCAUGGGUUAUGUUUAUGGUGGUUAGCUUGGCGGUGCGAAGCUUAGCCACCGUGUACACGGUGGGCGACGCUAGUGGUUGGACGAUUGGGGUUGAUUAUGGGACUUGGUCUGCUUCUAAGACCUUCGUCGUUGGUGACACCCUUGUGUUCAAUUAUGGAAGUGGACACACAGUAGACGAAGUAAAGCAAAGUGACUACAAAACAUGCACGAUUGGAAAUUCAAUUACAACAGACAAUAAAGGCAAAACUUCAAUUCUACUCCAAACUUCUGGGACACAUUUCUUUAUUUGUGCUAUUAUUGGUCAUUGCGGAAGUGGUAUGAAACUUUCUGUUAAUGUUUUAUUACCUUCUACUACUAAUAAUUCUACGUCUCCUACCUCAUUUCCUUCCACCACUCCUACACCAACUCCGACCGCCACUAGUGGUGUCUAUCCCACCACCACCACCGGCGCCACACCGUAUAUGAUCCCGGACUCAGUGGUCUCGUCUUCGAGGAGUGUUCUAUCUAUUUUUCGAGGUGGCGGACUCGUGUUUGCCGGUGUUGUUUUUGUAAAUUUAGUUCAUUUUUUGUGAUUUUGGGGGUGUGAUGUAUUUUCCUUAGCCGGGUUAGAGGCAGUGCUUUAUAUUUUUGGUUGUUGACUUUGUUGUAAGAUUAUUUUCAGUUUCCUAUAUGAGUGUAUAAUUUUUUACUAUUCUUUUGAAUUCAAAUAUUUGUUGAAUUUAUAACAACUUUGUAUAAAUAAAAUAAAUGGACAGAUAAUAAUAAUAAUCUCUGUUUUAUAAGGGAAAUUUUGAUGUUAUAACAGUGUUACAGUAAAUGCUUGUUUGGUGUCCACCUAUAUAAUAAUGUAUAGAACCUUCGCUCACAAUCGAAUAAUGUAAGGCGUGUGUAAAGCUACCCGAAAUAUUUAAUAAAUUAAUUCCCUGAUAAAAUGCAAAAAUUGUUUAUAUUUUGUCCUUUAAAAUCACAUAUAGUGUACUUGUCAUUGUUGAAAUUUCAUUUUCCAAUAAUAUUUUGGAAAUAUAAGCAUCGGAAAAAGAAAAAGAAAAAAAUUGAUGGGGGCAUUGCAUCCCUUUCGAUCAAAGCCUGCAACCCGCCUUCUAAUGUGACCCACUUGAUCGAUCUCUCACCUUAAUCAUAUUUUUGUACCAUCUUAUAAAAGUUUUGCUUUAUAAAUUUGCAAUAUGUUAUUAAUAUUCAAUUUUUUGAACAAUAUGGUAAUGCAAAAAAUUUAUCAAGAAGGAUAGAUAUUUAUAAAUAGUCCGACUUUCCGGGUGGAUAAACAUUAACAUGAACAUAUUUGUACGAACAUUCUCAUACUGAUAGGUCUCAAGUUCGAUUUCUCACUCUUUCAUCCAUAAUUUGUAUUAUCCGUGUGGCUUAUUCGAGAAAAAAAACAUUAAAAAAUGUAAUGAGAUUUGAUUGGUUAUUAUUAAAGAUGGUUUUGGAUCAUGCCGGUCAGAGGCCCAACACGAAAAAAGCCCGAUCAGGGACACUAGCUCGAAGUUGCAUGUGGUCAAAGCUUUGAGCCCCAUUUUUUUGAAAAAAACACAACAAAAGACAUGUUGAAUUUAGUAAACUUACUUAAGCACGAUGGCCCGACCCGG